AUGAAUAACAUACGAUUCCUCAUCUUUUGUAUGGUCAUCAUAAUGGUCACCUAUUUCCUACCCGAUGAACCAACUGGUGACAAACUCAAAGCUCAAAUGCCAUUGGGUCUAGAUGCUACAUUCAAGACAGUACCAUCAUUUUAUAAUAGGCAAGAUCAAGACCAGUAUGACUUUGCGAUAGCGACACAUGUCACAGUGGAUCAACUAGAGAGAUUGGCUUGGAUAUCAGACAAGUGGAGAGCACCAAUAUCAGCUGCGAUCUAUGUUCACAAUGAUACAGAUGUCAGCAAGAUUGUCAGUCUAAUAAGAAGCAGUUACUCUGUCACACAGUUUGUAGAUGUACAUCUGUUAUACUCAAACAACACCAGAUACCCUGUCAACUCACUGCGCAACCUUGCUGUUCAGAAUGCAGAGUCUGAAUGGGUGUUGAUGAUGGAUGUCGACUACCUACCACCUAUCUAUCUCUAUCAGAAUCUAGAAUCAUAUGCAGAAAAGAUACCAAAGGAUCAGAUGACAGGCAUUGCGAUGGCCUCAUUCUCUAGUUCUCUUGGACGAUUCGACCUACCUAAUGAUAAGAGUGAACUGAUCGAUCUUAUUUCUAGUCGCAAGAUCAAUUCGAAGACCAAAGAAUGCUUAAAGUGUCAUUCAGCAACAAACUAUUCACGAUGGUAUACAGAGAAGGAUCCAUAUGAGACGACAUACAAGUGGACUUAUGAGCCAGUGUUGGCAAUCCGAAAAAGUCAGGCUGUAAAGUUUGAUGAGCGAUUCAAAGGUAUUGGAUACGACAUCAUUGGCAACACGUUUGCAUUGGCAGCCAAGGGAUUCAAUUAUGUAGUUCUUCCAGAGGCCUGGGUUGUACACGUUAAGACAGUGACAACAGCAUCUGCUACAUCAACGACACUGCCCAAGCAGCAACAGAAACAGCAACAGCAUUCAAGCCCUCAAAUCGAUUUGCAACAGAGGGAUUCUCUCAAGAUACUCUGCGAUUCAUUCUCAACUGCCAGGACCAAGGCAGGAAAGGAUAACACUUCUCUCUUUGGAGAACCACUUCACGAUGCA